AUGAGUUUUGGGCAAGCAGAGAGAAGAGUUGAGGACCUCAUCAGUGAGCAUUACCUUGUUGCAAAUGCGUUUUGCCCAAGCACAGACAAGAGUUGGACGUGCUUAGGAUGGAUUUUGGCAAGUGAGAGAGAAGAUUUCCAAGCGAAGCAAAGCCAAUACUUCGUCGGAGCAGAGCCAAGAGUUCGUUGGCAAGCAGAGACAGUGGGAAAGCAGAGAGAAGAGUUCUUGGAGGCGCUAAGGAUUGGAGUUGGGCAAGCAAAGAGAAGAGUUCCUGGAGGCACUAAGGAUUGGAUGGGCUCUUAG